AUGAAAAUUAUCUUCCUUCUUUCGUAUAUACCAAGCUUCAUGAGUAUUUUAUCGUCCGCUUCAGAGCUCGUACCUGCUUUAAAUAAGUACUUUCAGAAAUAUAAAUCAAAAAUGAAAACGAGGAGCUAUGCAGGAAGCACCUCUUCACAGAGCCCUGAAUUCAUGGAUGGGCAAGAAGAAUGGAAAGAGGAUCAGUGGAAUUAUUUUUUGAAGGAAACGGAGAAAGACUGGGAAAAAUUCAACACGAGUAUGGAAAAUCUGACUUCUUCAUGGUUUGAAAAAAAGAACUGGAAUGGGAAGGAUGGAUAA